UUGACACAGAAAAACGCCGAGAAACGAAAAACACAAAACGAAAAAUAGCAUUGCAUUUGGUAGAGACGCAUAAAGAGUAAUAAAAUUUUGUGUAAACUAAGCAAAAAUUUGUUUAAAUGUUUUUUUAAGAAAAAGUAUUGAAUUACAAAAUAUUCCUUGCUUACCACAGCAUUAUUUGGCUAAAGCAACGAAACUAAGAAGAAAUCUUUAAUUUCUGUGUUUAAUCGGCGUCAGUAUUACUACAGCUCAAGGAACAAGUUGUAGUUAUAAAGUUUUCCCUUGUGUGAAAACGGUAUUAUUAGUGACUUAACUAAAUGUCAAAAUGAAAGUAACAAUUAAAUCAUGGAUGGGAGUUGCAUCAUGGCGUUGGAUAGCAAACGAUGAAAAUUGUGGCAUUUGUCGUAUGUCCUUUGAGUCAACUUGCCCGGAAUGUGCACUGCCCGGCGAUGAUUGUCCUCUAGUGUGGGGCGUAUGUUCGCAUUGUUUUCACAUGCAUUGCAUUGUUAAAUGGCUGAAUUUGCAACCCUUGAAUAAACAGUGUCCAAUGUGUCGGCAAGCUUGGAAAUUUAAUAUACAUUAGAGAGCACAGCAGAAGUUACAAAUUCCUGUGUGUAAAGAGAAAAGUUAAAGAAAGUAAAA